AUAAGACCCCCUCCCCUUGUUCACACUGAUCUCCUAAAACCGCAUGCCAAUCCACAAUUCAGCACUCUGCUGCAACUUGUAAAUAUUUGAUCGGAUUAGAUUUGACCAUAUGGAGAAAGAAAAGAACACUGAACAGAAGCCCGAAGAAGAUGAAGAAGAAGAAUUGGAGUUCAUUCUCUUUCAAGUAUCAGAAUGUUAUGUUUACUUGAUUCCUCCCAGAAUAAGUGCAGCUUCAUACAGGGCUGAUGAGUGGGAUGUGAACAAGUGGGCAUGGCAGGGUGCACUAAAGGUUAUAAGCAAAGGAGAAGAAUGCAUAAUCAGGCUCGAAGACAAGGCAACUGGUGUGUUGCCUUUAAAGAAAAAUGAUAUAUCUAUUAGAAAUAUUUGCUGUGUUCAUCAAUAUCUUCUUAUUUGGGAUUCUCCAUUCGUCUCAUAGUUAUCUUCUUAUUUGGGAUUUAAACGAUUUUUAAUAAAGUAGAACAUGCGUGGUUGUUGUUUGAGUAGAGGAAGGAGAAAUAAUAUGGACCACGCAAUCUUUUUCUUCAAAAGAAAGUGGAAGAAUUUUUUGGACAGUUCAAAUAGGAAAGUAGGAAAAGAUAAUUAUGAGACGGAGGGAGUAUCAGUUAUGCCCAAUUGUUGAUAUGUUGAAAAUAGGUGAGCUUUAUGCCCGGGCUUUUCUGCGAGAUGGAGAGCCUCAUCCAGUAGAGCCUGUGAUUGAUAGUAGCAGGUACUUUGUUCUUCGGAUUGAAGAGAACAUUGGUGGUCGCCUAAGGCAUGCUUUUGUUGGCAUUGGAUUCCGGGAGAGACCCGAAGCUUAUGAUUUCCAAGCUGCCCUUCAUGAUCAUAUGAAGUACCUAAAUAAGAAGAAAACUGCUGAAGAGAUGGAACAACAAUUCCAGAAAACGUCGUCAGUUGAUUACAGUUUGAAAGAAGGGGAAACUAUAGUGCUUCAAAUAAAAAAUAAAGUUGGAAGUGGUGGGAUAAAGUCAAAGUUCUUUGAACAAGGAUUGAACAAUCUGUCGUUGGAGGAAAAAGGCAACCAAAAAGAAAGCCCGGUUUUACUCAAACCCCCACCCCCACCUCCAACACCCAUUGCUACCGCGGAGAAUUCUCCCACCGGGUCGCCGCACAAGUUAAGUCUUGACCAGAUUUCAGCAGCCAGGACCAUUGAGUGUCAAUCAGGGACGCCUGAAACUGAAAGCAUUAAACCACCGGUUGUUGAAGACGAUGAUUUUGGUGAUUUUCAAGCAGCUGGGUAAUAAUAUUGUAUUGAAAUGUUUAAAGCUAUUCAAAUUUGCGGAGUGCCUUAUACAUACAGAGAGAGGGAGAGUACAUAAUAUCAUGUGUUGGCAGAAAGCAUUUCUUGUUUAAACUAAUAUCUGAUGUUGAUGUUGUUACUUGGUAUGAAAUUCAAUGCCUUGUAUGGAGUUUUUUUCUUCUCUUGGGUUUAAAAAAGUUUCUUUAUUUGA